AUGUCUCUUUUUCCCAGCGAAAGCGGCUUGUCCGCUGCCGCCACUGAUUGCUCUUCCAACAUCGCGUCGUCGAGCUCGACACCCCCUACUAGCAUCUCCGACGUUGCCAGCCAGGCCUCGGACGGCCCCAAACUCGACGAUGUGCCCGUCCUCCUCGAGACCGAGACUCACAUUGAAGCCCAUAUCGAGGCUCAGAUCGAAAUCGCUCCCGAACCUACUAUUGCAGAGCCCGCUGCUCCGGUCGAAGAACCUGUUGCACCUACCGAAGAGCCAACACCCGAAACUUCCUCAGAACCGCAGUCUGCUCCCCGUUCACGUCGGUCUUGCUCCGGAAAGGCCGUAUAUAACUUGUCUCAACUGAGCGGUACCGCUAACCGCGGGCACCGACGCGCCAAAGGCGAUGAUGUGGCCAGCAGUCGUCGCAGAACCAUUUCAGGCGACACACUCGUCAAUGGCGAAGCUGAUGCCGUCUCUCGUGUUGCUGGCAACCUGAUUCGCGACGGGAUCGACGCGUUGGACCUUCAAUGGUCCGUCGGCGAGCUCAAGGCCCCGCGCGCGAAGAAGGCCAAGACGGAGAAAGCAGAGACUCCCAGGCUUACCCGCCACACUGCCCGCAUUUUCAACACUCCUGUCGACUCGCUUGCGACCAAGGUUUCAAGCCUGGGCAAGCGAAGUCGCAAGACUUUUGAGCAAAAGAUCACCAAGAUGUCACGCGAGCUGCGCCGCCUCCAGGACACGAACGAAUUUGCCGGUAUCGAGGAAAAGCCCGUGAUAAGGACGGUCUGGUCGAACGGAAAGAUGGUUAUUGUCGAUCAAAAUGGCGAUCCGAUCCAGCCCAAGAAAAAGGCCAGGUCUGAGGAGCCGAAGAAGGAGGAGGCAGCAGUGGAGAAGCCUGCAGAGGUUGAGAAGCCCAAAAAGACGAAGCGCACAAAGAAGUACCUCGAUCGUGGACUGUAUGCUGGCCAAGCGACUCCUGCCGACCUGACCAAGGGUCUGUCGAAUGCGGAGCAAAAGAAGCUCGCACAGACUCCCGAACUUCAAGGUUACGGGCGUCCCAACAAGGCGCUUCCGCUGCCCAUGUUCAGUGGCUUGCGAUUGCUUCUCAGUGGACGCGACUUCAAGCUUCCAUUUGAUGUCUGCAACCCUCUGCCGCCCGGACAACCGAAGCCUGACGAGUUCAGGAAGAUGACGAAGAACCGUUUCAUCGGCGAUUCCAUCAUCUACUGGAAGAAGACACCUCAUUUCCUGGACCAGUCCAAGUGCGUCUGCACACCCGACGAUGGCUGCGGCGAGAGCUGCCAGAACAGAAUCAUGCUCUACGAGUGUGAUGAGAAGAACUGCAAUGUUGGGCGCGAAAACUGCACGAACCGCGCCUUUGCCGAUCUUCAGGAGAGAAAGGCGGGCGGUGGAAAGUACCGCGUUGGUGUUGAGGUCAUCAAGACGGCUGACCGUGGCUAUGGCAUCCGCGCCAACCGUUGCUUUGCGCCGAACCAGAUCAUCAUGGAGUACACGGGUGAGAUUAUCACAGACGAGGAAUGCAGCAAUCGCAUGGAAACCAAGUACAAAGACAACAAGUGCUACUAUCUCAUGAGCUUCGACCAGAACAUGAUCAUUGACGCUACGACUGGUAGCAUCGCUCGCUUCGUCAAUCAUUCAUGUGCUCCCAAUUGCCGUAUGAUCAAGUGGAUCGUAUCUGGCCAGCCCAGGAUGGCGCUUUUCGCAGGAGACAAGCCCAUCAUGACUGGAGAGGAGCUCACGUACGACUACAACUUCAGUCCUUUCAGUGAUGAGAACGUCCAGAAGUGUCUCUGUGGCGCACCGAAUUGUCGCGGCAUUCUAGGGCCGAAGCCUCAGGAAGUCAAACAGCCCAAGCCGCCCAAAUCGACUCUGAAGGCUGUGGUGAAGGGUGCUAUGAAAGCUAGCAAGCGCAAAUUCGAGACGCUGGUUGGAGAUGAUGACGAGACUGGCAGCGCUGUCAAGAAGCGCAAGAUCAAGGCUGCUAAGGGAGCGAGACAUUCGCUGUCGGCUACAACCAGCCUGAAGGCCGUCAGCAAGGCCGCUACAAAGGGCGCCGCAACUGUUAAGAGACGCGUGUCGGCGAUGGCAAUUUUGAGCGGCAAUACGAAGUCGACUCCGGCAAAGGCGACGCCCACGAAGGCAGUCGCCAAGAAAGCGACACCGAAGAAAUACACGGCUCCCAACCCGGCGCGCAAAGCUACCGCUGUCCGUAAGUCGGGCAAUGGAAAGAUGCUCAAGACGUACGGAAAGGGUUCGCCCAAGAAGGUGUCGAGCCGUGCACCCAGCAUGACGAUCGUGGCUGCGGGGGCAAAAGAUGACGAGACACCCGUGAAGAAGACAACGAUCGCUACCAAGCUGCACAGGAGCCUUAGCAAGGCCUCGCGCAACGCGUUGGAGGAGCUCUCUCGCGAAUCUACCAUCAGGCUCGUUAGCCCCGAGCUUGUGAGCCCCGGGGCGACCAUCACAGCGCGACAGGACUAG